CUUUCCCUUCAGGCUGACAGCAGCGGACGAGGCGCCGGUUCGAAAAGACAAACACAGAGUUGUUCCCCCUUUCUGAUCCGGAGAUAAAAGUCGCCCAGAGGGACCUGUUCAGAAAUGUGGAUGAGCACAUUUGCACGGUUUGCCCUGCCCGCCCUUCAGAGAGGCACCUCUGCCACGGCCUGCCGGGCUCUGAGGGCCUGUCGCCGGCCCGGCCCGGCUGCCGCUCCGCUACCCGCGUGCCCGACCGCGGCGCACGCUCGCGGGCAGCAGACGCUGGGGUCAGCCUCCCUCCCCGUGGCCCAUCACUCGGUGAGGCACGCUCGCGCUCUGGAUGAAGAGAGGCUAAUAGAAGUGGAGUGGGAGGACGGAGGCCACAGUCUGUACCCGUUCACCUGGCUCAGAGACAACUGCCAGUGUCCGCGCUGCACACUGCAGUCCGCCCAGGCCCGCAUGCUGCUGCUCACUGAUCUGGAUAUUCACACCGGGGUGGAUGCUGUGGAGGUCACCAAUGACAACAAGGUUUCCAUUGUGUGGCCCGACCAGCACGUCAGCGUGUUUGACACAGAGUGGCUGAAGAAACGCUGCUUCUCUCCUGCCGCCAGACAAGCAAUGCAGGAGGAGCUCUUCCUCAACGAGCGGUAUUACUGGGACUCCACACUGCGCAUCCCCACCGCCGACUACCAGGAAGUGCUGCAGGACGACAAGGCGGCGCUGGCCUGGCUGCUGGCCCUGCGUCGGGUCGGCAUCGUGUACCUGAAGGGCGCGCCGGCAGAGCAGGGCCAGGUGGCCAGACUGGCGGAGAGGAUCGGCUACCUGCGGCUGACCUUCUACGGGCCCACAUGGCAGGUCCAGGACAAACCUGACGCCAACAACGUGGCGUACACGUCAGGAAAGCUGAGUCAGCACACGGACUACCCCGCUCUGCACUUUGCACCCGGAGUCCAGUUCCUGCACUGCAUCAACCAGGCGGCGCAGGGCGGGGAGAGCGAGGUGGUGGACGGCUUCCACAUGGCCGGGCUGCUGCAGAGGGAAGAGCCCGAGGCCUUCCGGCUGCUCAGCCAGCUGCACGUGGAUUUCACCGACACGGGGACGGACUACUGCGACUUCAUGCUGCAGUCCAAGAAGAGCAUCAUCGACGUGGACUCGGAGGGCCGCGUCGUGAGGGUCAACUACAACAACGCCACCCGGGACUCGGUGCUGGACGCCCCGCUGCACCAGGUGCAGCCCUUCUACCGGGCGCUGCGGGCGUACGUGGACAUCAUGAACCGGCCGGAGAACGUGGUCACCUACAGGAUGGAGCCAGGCGACAUCGUGACCUUCGACAACUGGCGCCUGCUGCACGGGCGGAGGAGCUACGUCAGCCGGCCGGACAGACUGCGCCACCUGGAGGGCGCCUACCUGGACUGGGACGAGGUCAUGUCGCGUCUCCGGAUCCUCCGCAAGGCGGUCGGCGAGGCCCUGUGAGCGCCGGACGCCGCUCCAGACCGGUCAAAGCAAAACCAGAACCUUUAGUCAACAUGGAGACUGAAGGGUGUUUUUUUUUUAAGUGUAUUUAAUGCAUAUUAGUUUUGUAUUUUAGCUGAAAAAAAACAAAAACAAAAAAAAAAACUAGACCAAAUCUCAGUAAAACAGCCAAUCACAGUGAUGUUCUGCUUCUUCAGCCUUUCCAUGUUUCACAGAAUCACACAUAAACAGGUUUUUUUUGUUAGAAUUUAUAUAUCAAACAUUUGUUCUGUGUGAAAAUUUUAAAAGGAACUAAAUCCGCUGAUGGCUGAAGUCCCACGGAUCACAUAAAAUGUGCCUUUUACUCCUUCAAUAAUGUACUUAAAGUCCAGAUAACUGUUAGAUUUUGACGAUUCUUUAUUUGCUUUGAGCGGCUAAAUGAACUAAAACUCAGCUGGUCUCCUUCAAAUCAUUAGUUUUAUUUUCUCUAUGAAGAUAAAUGUCCAGGAGCUUUUCUGUUUCUACAUUUGAAAGCAUUUCAUCAAAUUUGAUUAAUUUCUUCAGCAGCCACUGACCCUGAAUUUACACCUGAGAAAUAUUCCACAAUUUACACAGUUAAUUUGACUUUGUAAGCCCCGCCCACACCAGUGUCACUCAAACGAUUCUAUUGGCUGCAGCUUGAGGACACGCCUGCUGAUGCAGCAUCAGAGCUUUAAUGAAAUGAUUUGAAGUGGAAAAUCUGCUUUUUAUAAACAUUUCAGGGGACAAAUCAGCAUUGAGCUGAGAGAUGAUUCCCAGUGGAUUUUUUUUUUUUUUUUUAAAUCUAAAGAGGCCUUUAAAAAACUGAAAUACACAGAGAAAAGUGUUUCUCUGGCGUUAACUAUCAUAGGAAAAACACUCUAAUGCAACACAACAAUGCAACAACUUGAAAGAGAAUCACAUUCAGGAUUUGAAUGGAUUUUAUUUGAAAACUUUAUUUAGUCUUGGUACGCCACUUAGAAAUAAUGUACAGUUUACCGUUUUGUUUGCUGAAAGAGGAAUUUACCGUUUUGUUUGCUGAAAGGAAUUUAUGCUUGACUUUUUGUUUUUUUUAAUGAUUUGUUAGAAAAUGCUUCUUUCUGCAUGUGUAGAAAAGGGUGAUAGUCAGUUUUAGUCUGGAUCUUGACAGUAAACAGGCCGCUGGGCCUGCAGGCGAGUGAAGAAACCAGGAACUCUCAAACUUCAACCAACACGAUUUGACCUUUGAACUGUCCACGCUGGACAAAUGGCCAAACGUCUCUUCUCCUAAACUGAGUUUUAAAAACUCAGUUUAGUAGAAAAUUGUUAUUUAAGAAAAGAAAAAAACUUGUAUAAUCUUAAUCUUGUAUUUUCAAAUUCUGAACUUGGCAUUUCUUAUUGAACAAAGUAUUUUAAGGAAAACAUGUAAAUACACAUAUGAAAAUAAAACUGUAAACAUGUUGAUCGGAUGAUUUUUGAAUUGUUUGGUUCCAGUGAAGUUUGACAAAAUGAACUUUUUUGACUCCUUUAUCAGACCAUGUUCGAUACCUUGAUGAUUUCUUUUAACUUUUUCAGUAAAUUGAGGAAAAUAUUCAAACAUUGGGGAGAAUAUAGCUCCUCAUUAAAGGGAUAUGUUUUCAUUUUUAUCAUCGUUCUUGUAUAUGAAUGAAUCAGGCACAGAAAAAGGAAUAGGAGACGAUUUGGUGUUGAUGCUUUGCUGCUUUGUUGAUGCUGAUAUGAAAUGUUGUUAAACUUAAGCACUUAACUAAAAAAGCCACAAGUGCAGUGAAUCGUAUUUAGUGUGUUUCACUGGAAACCAUCUCAGUAGCAUCUGUAAAUUUGACAGAAAAAGAAGAAGAAAAAAAACUAAAUUCAAAGCUUCAGGCUUCAGCACAAUUCUUUCCAGUUGCUUCAAAUUGGU